GUCUUCACCAUCCUGAAGAGCCACCCAGUCGAGGCCUGCCGGGGAGCAGUUCAUCUCACAUACAUGGGGCAGCGGGUUUGCAACAAAGCGUUUCACAGACUGCUUUCAAUAGGCAAGGAACGAUUUCAGAAGUUGCGGGCAUCAGUGAGAAAUGGUGAUGAAUAUUGUCCCUACGAUGCCCGCUACAUACCAAAAGGAAAGCAGCCACCAUCUCCAGCCAGACAAUUGGUGUUUGACUUCCUGCAUGGGCUCUAUGAAGAGUCCGCGGAAGUGAUUCCUGACGGGCUGAACUCAAACAAACGUCCUCGCCAAGCCCAGCACAGGAAAAACUGGCUGCAUGAAGCCUUCGACUUCCUGCAGCUCUCGGGCAUGGGAGGGCCUGGAAUCCAGCGGCACACCUUGGACGAGGGCUUUUGGAACAAGGUUGGCUAUGAGCCCAGGCCUUGCCAGCAGUCGGUCCCAGACCGAUGCCUGCUCCGAGAGCCGGUGGUGGACAUCAUCGUGGAAGAGAUUUGGAAGCGGCUGGGGCCCUGGAAUCCUACUUUUAUCGACUUGGAUUUGAUUAGUCAGCUGUCAACCACAGAAGGCUAUGCCGCCCAAGCGGAGGACCUCAGGCAAUACCGGGGGAGGACCUUUGCCGUCGUCUGGGCCAACUCCGUGGCCCCAGAUUUGGCGCAGGUGAUCUCGACCAAUCGCGGGGCCAGUGAGGGAGCUGCUGCAUUUGCGUCCGCCUAUUCCCUCGGCCGACAAGAAUCUGCCGCCGCCGUGAACUUGUUGAAGAAGGUGCCACCAGUGGUAAAGGAUACAUUGACUACUUUGGAGCCUCUGCAAAGAGUAUGUGCGGCCUUCAUUGCUUGCCUGCAGCAAUUCCAAUCAAUGGUUCCAAAGGCAUUUGCCGAUGCUGCCCUGGUAGACAUCCAUCAAGCGUUCGAAUUGCGCCACGGCGACGCGGAUAUCCUCGCAAUGUUGGAGCAUGGGGUACCGCCCGUGGAUCUCGGGAAUUGUAUAAGGUUGAAUGCCCAACUCCUUCAAACUACAUGGCAGCAGACGGAACUGCAAAUGAAGUCCGAUUUGGAACUUCUGAAGGGUUGGGGACGCAAGUUUGAUUUGCACUCAUCGCAGCAGGGAUCCCUCGACUUCAAGUUCAUCAGUGACCGCUACAACAGGGGCAAAUCGGAAGUGGAGAAGUUAAUGACUGAGAAGCAUGUUCUGCAUAGCUGCGCUAGCAUUACGAUGGCGCAUGCUCCAAUCGUGAAUAUGCAGCAACAAAUGGGACAUUCGGGGCUGACCCUGCUGAUCGUUGACGCAACUUUGUGGCCCUCUCGUGCCGUUGCGAUAGACGAGGCAAUUCAGAUGUGCCAGGCAAUCUCAACGGGGAAUUGCCGAACCUUGGCUUUCAUCUUGCUCCCACAGCCCUACAACACCGGGCACAAGGCUUUGGUCAACAAGCACCGGAGGCUCCUGGAGGACAAAGUCCAUGGGUGCCUCGCAUAG